AAUCUGAUCAAGUCGAUUGUUGUCCAAGAGUCUCCUACCAACUCCACAAUUUAAAUAAUAAUGAAACUCUCCAGUUUAUUAAUAUCCUUUCUAUUCCUUGCGGGUGUUUUGGCAGAUGAUGAAUCGGUUUAUAUGGAUAAUAUUUUCACUUCAACUGAACUCAUCAAGAAUAUUUAUUUUAAGAGUUAUUUAACAACAAGUGGUACACCUAUAAUAAAUGGUUUGGAGCAUAUUAUUGAGUUUAUGGUUGAUGAUGUCCAUGAACUUGGUUUCUUGAAUUUCCAGAAACUUUGUUUUUUGAUCGCUAUACCGGACCACAAGGAUAGUAUAUCCAAUAUAGCGGCUUUCCGUCGAGUUCCAGGCCAAUCAGGAAUGUACGAUGGAGUUUUUGGCCUAACGCAAAAAGCCAAUGCAAUUCUCGAUCAAAUGAUACAAGUCAUAGUUAUAAAACUAAUAGGAUAUAGACCGAAAAUAACUUAUACUACUGAAUUUGGAACAUUGCAAGACAUUGCAAACGAGAGAAGAGAAUUAGCUGCUUUAGCAUUAAAAAGUUUAAUCGGACGUCGUUUAUUAGGUGAACAGGUUGUAGAUGAUGAGGCAUCUUUAUCAUCGAAGUGUCGUUUUCUAGGAAUAUACCUAAGUACACAAUCACCAGAUACAUACAUAAAAGAAGUUGAUAUUGAGUCAACUAGCCUUACAUGUAUCUUUACGGAUAAAAGUAAUACUAUAAGCAAAUACAGGAAAAUUGAUGGCACAUGGUCACAAAUAGUCUUCAAUAACCAGGCAGGAGAAUCACUCGAGACACAGUUACAACGUGGACGUCCACGAGUUCCACCCACACUCACAUGUAUUCGAUUUAUUAUAUAAAAAAAUAUUAUUAUUUAUCUUAUCAUUGUCACUUUUUCAUUAUAAUUUCUAAAAUAUAUACAUAUAAUUAAGCUGACGGGAAAAACCGUUGGUGGAUUUUUUCAAUAACGUAUUCCACAAUAUACAUUUUUAAGUACAUAAUAUUGUAUGCCUAUUUUUAU